AUGCAGAAUUCAAGAGGCCGUCCAUCACUACCCAACUUCCUUUACUAUCAAUCCAAUUUGAGAAGUCUUUAUCUCUCAAAUAACAGCAUAGGAGGUAAUUUUCCAACUUGGUUGUUGGAGAACAACACACGACUUAGGGGACUAUACCUGAGGGAUAAUGCUUUUACAGGACCUCUCAAGUUGCCAACAAGCACCAAUCCUAACAUGGAGACUUUUGAUGUAUCUGAUAACAAGUUCAAUGGACAUGUUCCAACUAAUAUAACUUCAAUUUUUCCAAACUUGGUUGUGUUAAACAUAUCAACAAAUAUGUUUGAUGGUUGUGUACCAUGUAGUUUUGGUGACUUCAAAUCUAUAGAAUACAUAGACUUGUCCAACAAUCACUUGUCAGGCACAAUAUCGCAGGAAUUAAUAUUUCCAGAAUCUAUCAACCUACAAUACUUGAGAUAUUUAUAUCUAGACAGUAAUGAGUUCUCAGGCGCCAUUCCGAAGAGCUUGUCUACCAUCCUUCUUUUAUUGUUAGACGUUAGUAACAACUGUUUGUCAGGCAGAAUUCCUACAUCAGUGGGUAAUAUGACAGCAUUGAUUGAAAUUUCUCAGUCUAACAACCAGCUCGAGGGUCCAAUACCGGAGGGAAUCUGCAAUCUCGAUCUUUUCUUCUUAGAUUUAUCUGAGAACAAGUUAUGUGGUUCAGUCCCAUCUUGCUUCAAUCCAUCACGGAUGCAUCAUGUCUAUCUGAAUAAUAACCAAUUGGAGGGUAAGCUCCCAUAUGCAUUUUAUAAUAGCUCUUAUUUGGAGUUAUUGGAACUUAGACGGAAUAAGUUCAUUGGACGUAUCCCUCAUUGGAUUGGCAAUCUAUCAAGGCUGAGUAUUAUUCUUCUCGGAGGUAACUUCACCAUGAAGAAUUCUGGAAGGUUUGAAGGACCAUUAUUGUAUUAUAGUAUAACACUCAUAUCUUACACGGAUAAGGUUGAGUUGAAAACAGCCUAUCACAUGACUUUCCAAGUAACUGAAUAUUUCCAAUCAAUUGACGUGCCAAUUACAGCAACAUUCAUGACAAAGAGAAAUUAUUAUACUUACAAAGUUCUGGAUGGCCUUGGAAAUUUAAGUGAGAUCCACUCACUCAACUUGUUGCACAACUAUCUUACUGGAACAAUUCCAGAAACAUUCUCAAACUUAUGUCAGAUUGAGAGCUUAGAUCUCUCCUGUAACAACUUAGGUGGGAGGAUCCCCACUGGUAUGAUCAAGUUAUACAAUUUGGCUGUCUUCAAUGUGGCACAUAACAAUUUAACAGGUAUGAUACCUGCGAAAUUUCAGUUUGGGACUUUUGAUGAAGGUAGUUAUCAGGGAAAUCCUUAUCUUUGUGGCCAUCCAUUACCUGUGGACUGUACUAGCACCGGAUCAACAUCGGUCUUGCCAUCUGCUGAUGAUGAAAGUGAGCAGGUUUUCUUUCAUCGAGGUUUAUAUAAUCCAUUUUUGAAGCCGUGUGUUCUGGACAACAUUCCCAUUUUCCAAAUCAAGGUAUCUGCUUUAAUUCUGUAUGAAGAUCAUUAUAUACUAUACUAACUUUUAUAACUAAUAUAU